CUCGUGAGUUUCGGCUUCUGCUCUACCACACAUGCAAUGUAUGUAUGUGUAUAUAUAUAUGUGUGUGUGUGUGUGUUAUUGAAUUGUAUUAAUAAGCACUCGCUCUUUCACCUUCUCCGACACGAAAAGGCGACUGCUUUUACUGGCAAUUCCACUUGUUCGCCAUGAAUGCUUAAUGGGUUCUCUGCAGCUUUUCUUCUCUUCGUAUCUUUUCUGUCUUUUCUUUAUUCUCCCACCAUUUCGCAUUGCCGGUUUCUUUGUGGCUUCUUCGUUGGUGAAGCAGCGAUUGGUGGGUUAGGUCGGUUUCAUGAAAAGUUGCAGACUUUGAGUAUAAUAGGCAUCCUUUCCUGCGUAAAACCACUGAACAAUCAUCCUUCCUUUUCUUCUUUCUGGGGACAAUGGGGAAGAUUUCAUUGGUGGGUUUUGGGAUUUUCGCUGUGUUCUGUUUUGGGUUUUUGUCGAACACCUUGGGACAAGAUGAUGAUUCCGACAUGAACACUACUGCUGUGUACCUUGUCACUCUGAGACAACCUCCUACUGUUCAUCUCUUUGAAGAAGAAGAGCUCAAACGGGUUGGAAAUAGUCACCAUCGGUCCAAAACCAACCAUGGCGGUACCUCAACCUUUACUAAGCCAAAACCACUACCAAGGAACAUUUCGAGGAGGACCGGCCAUGGGAGGUCGAGGAGGCCGUCUAUUGCUCAAGCCCAUGACUCUUUACUGAAAAGGGCAUUGAAGGGGGAGAAGUAUCUAAAGCUCUAUAGCUACCAUUAUUUGAUCAAUGGAUUUGCUGUUCUUGUUAACCCUCAACAGGCUGAGAGGCUUUCAAGGAGAAGGGAAGUAGCAAACAUAGUAUUGGAUUUUUCUGUCAGGACAGCAACAACUUAUACUCCACAGUUCAUGGGUCUGCCACAAGGUGCAUGGGUUCAAGAAGGUGGAUAUGAAACAGCUGGAGAAGGAAUUGUUAUAGGGUUUAUAGACACUGGCGUUGAUCCAACUCACCCGAGCUUCAAUGAUACCGGCAUUUCUCAGCCUCCAUAUCCGAUCCCUAAGCAUUUCUCAGGCGUUUGUGAGGUCACACCAGAUUUUCCAGCAGGUUCUUGCAACAGGAAGCUUGUUGGAGCCCGCCAUUUCGCAGAGUCAGCUAUAACUAGAGGAAUAUUCAACUCUUCUGAGGAUUAUGCUUCGCCUUUUGAUGGAGAUGGCCAUGGCACGCACACAGCUUCUGUUGCAGCAGGUAACCACGGGAUCCCAGUGAUAGUUGCUGGGCAUGACUUUGGAAAUGCUAGUGGGAUUGCUCCUCGUGCACACGUUUCUGUUUACAAGGCAUUGUAUAAGAGCUUCGGAGGCUUUGCUGCAGAUGUUGUUGCUGCUAUAGACCAGGCAGCUCAAGAUGGAGUCGACAUAAUAAGCCUAUCCAUUACCCCUAAUCGGCGUCCUCCUGGUGUUGCCACAUUCUUUAAUCCAAUAGAUAUGGCAAUUCUAUCAGCAGUAAAGGCUGGAAUUUUCGUUGUCCAAGCGGCUGGAAACACGGGUCCAUCUCCUAAGAGCAUGUCUUCCUUCAGCCCAUGGAUUUUCACAGUCGGUGCUGCUUCUCAUGAUAGAGUUUACUCUAACUCUAUCGUCCUUGGCAACAAUGUAACUAUUCCAGGUGUAGGACUUGCACCUCCUACCGACAAAGGGAAGAUGUACAGGAUGGUAUCUGCUCUACAUGCGUUGAACAACAGAACCUCUGUUGAUAAAGACAUUUAUGUUGGGGAAUGCCAAGAUCAGGACAGUUUCAAUCAAGAUCUUGUAAAUGGGAAUCUCUUGAUAUGUAGCUACUCUAUCCGCUUCGUUCUCGGGCUUUCCACCAUUAAACAAGCUUUAGAUGUUGCAAAAAACCUCUCGGCCACUGGUGUUGUGUUCUACAUGGACCCAUAUGUCUUCGGUUUUCAGCUUAACCCGACUCCCAUGGAUAUGUCGGGCAUCAUAAUUCCAUCCCCGGAAGAUUCCAAGGUUUUACUUGAGUACUACAACUCUUCUCUAGAAAGAGAUGGAACCACCAAGGAAAUUGUCAAAUUUGGUGCAGUGGGAAGCAUUGAAGGUGGUCUACAAGCUAAUUUCAGUGACAGAGCUCCCAAGGUUAUGUAUUACUCAGCAAGAGGACCCGAUCCAGAAGACAGUUCUCUUAACGAUGCUGACAUAUUGAAACCCAAUUUGGUAGCCCCCGGAAAUUCCAUAUGGGCUGCUUGGAGUUCCGCUGGCACUGAUUCGGUCGAGUUUGAAGGUGAGAAAUUCGCUAUAAUGUCAGGGACGAGCAUGGCUGCUCCUCAUGUUGCAGGGGUGGCUGCACUAAUCAAGCAAAAGUUCCCUAAUUUCAGUCCUUCAGCCAUUGCUUCUGCACUUUCAACAAGUGCUAUUCUCUUAGACAAUAAAGGAGGGCCGAUAAUGGCUCAGCGUGCUUACUCCAAUCCCGACCAAAACCAAUCUCCCGCAACUCCAUUUGAUAUGGGAAACGGUUUCGUUAAUGCAACUGCAGCUCUGGAUCCGGGUCUGAUUUUUGAUACUAGUUUUGAAGAUUAUAUGUCGUUUCUUUGUGGGAUCAAUGGAUCCGCACCAGUGGUGUUCAAUUACACUGGGCAGAACUGUUGGUCUAGUAGUAACUCAACCAUCACUGGUUCAGACCUGAACUUGCCAUCCAUCACAAUCUCAAAACUUAAUGGCACCAAAACCAUUCUCAGACUAAUGGCAAACGUUGCUGUAAACGAGACCUAUAGUGUCGGUUGGAGCCCUCCUUAUGGUGUUUCAAUGAAGGUAUCUCCUACUCGCUUCUCUAUAGCCAGCGGAGGAACUCAGCUACUUAAUGUGACACUUGACGCAUCGAAGAACAGCUCUAAUGCCAGUUUUGGGAGGAUUGGACUCUUUGGAAACAUGGGCCAUGUUAUAAAUAUUCCGGUAUCUGUUAACUUGAAAGUCACCUCAAGUUGAUUAGCUCGGGUAACCGGUUGACUCCUUUUCCUCCAUUUGAUAAAGAUGUCUUAACUAAUUUUUUCAUUCAUUUCUCAUGUAAAUGCCAAAGGACACUCAUUGUGUAAGGUACAUUUAUUUGAUACAAUGCAAACUAGAGAAGCUU